AUGCUUCGCACCGGAAACACAACCACGAUACUGUGCGACGAACAAACCAAAUUUAUCCUCGACCGAAUCAACACGGUGGAGAAACAUUUCGGCGAGCUGUGCGGUGCGUUGGCCGAGUACACGCGGAAAAUUGCUCGUCUGCGAGACAAAACGGACGAGCUAGCUCACACCACCCAGGACUACUGCGAUGCGGAAAAAUUCAAUCCUACCCUUGGCGGUGCACUAUCUAGCAUGGCCAAAGCGAUCACGUUGCUGGGCGAUUUUCACGAUAUACGGGUGAAGCGAUUAGAAACGAAAAUUGUAGCCGAACUGUCGCAAUACGAAGCCGUCUGUAAGCACUGCAAGGAGGAGGUAAAGGAAGCGUUACUGGUGCGGGACAAAGAUUUGGCCAAGCGGAAGCAGCUGGAACAGAGCAAAAGCCGUAAUGGGCGGUUUAAACGAAACACGAACGAUACGGAGCUGAUUAAAUCGAAUCUGGAGGUGGAAAAGGCGUUAAAAGAGAUCGAACAUCAGGUCGAACGGUUCGAGAAGCAAAAGCUACAUGAUUUGAAGGAAUUAUUGCAGAGCUUUGUACUGAUUGAGCUGAAGAUGCACACGCAAGCGGUAGAGGUACUGUCUGCCACGUAUCAGGACAUCAGCGAUAUAGACGAAGCGAAGGACCUACAGAGUGUUCACAAGGAAUUAAAGAGACAAAAUCGGCAAUUUAAAAAAAUACUCCAACAAGACACCGUCCCCGACCGUUACUUUCUUCAGCGCAUUAAGAGCCAAUCGAUGGGUGCUCUAAACGCAACCCUGGCAGGAUUUAAUGCUGGCCGUAAAAAUAAAAGUCUCAGCUCGAACUCGCUCAACUCGUCCCAGGAGCAGGAGCAAGAGCUCGAUGGUACGGAAUCGAUCGAACAGCAGCAACACACGCAGCAUCGAAAGCUUCCAGCUGCGCGACGUUCCAACAAAACAUCGGUACAGUCGGUCGAAUCGUUGGAUUCUUUAAAGCGUGAUUUGUCUUCAUCCUCCAGUAGCUCUUCCGAAGAAGAUGAUAGCGAGGAAAGCGAAACACUAACCGAUGGCCAAUCCGACACGGUGCUAAAAUCGUCACAAGCGGGCGUUUUGAAUGAUCAUAAGAGGAAGAGUCAGAGUAACGCUUUUCUGGUCUCUGUUCGGAACUAUCGAAUCAAACGUAUGAUCAGUGCGAAUGUUUGCUUCCCAUUACGUGUAGAGAACCGUUUCCUAGCGACCAAUCCUGUUGAAUCGAAUCUACCACACCUUUUAGGGACAGUAACAACCGUUACUAACAUAAAACGUUUUUUUUCUCCUGGUUGCAAACGGUAGACGCGCACCGCAAACGGAAGAUUGUCCCGAGUGCAAGGAAACGUUUCGUAGCGAUUACUUGAAGAUUCAUAUAGCAAUGAAACAUCCGAACGAUAGUGCACUGCCCGAGGAUCGACCAUUCCGGUGCGAUCAGUG